ACAUGUCGUACAAAUCCCAGGAUGUCAUUCCUGUGGAAGCAGCGGACUCAGCGAGAGAAGGAGCAGAAGAAGAACUUGGAGGAAGUGAACCAGCUCCUCCUCGAGAGCAUCCUGCCCACCAAAGUCAGCAAGUACUACAUGGAGGAAGAGAACAACGCUGGGUACUACUCGGAGAGCUGUGAGUGUGCCUGUGUCAUAUUUGCCUCUAUCCCUGAGUUCUGGAGUAUGUACAGUGAGACCGAGAUCAAUCAGAAGGGGGUCGAGUGGCUCCGCCUUCUUAACGAGAUCAUCGGAGACUUUGAUGACAUUAUAGAGAAGAAGAAGUACAGAGGAAAAGUGGAGAAGAUAAAGACCAUUGGGUCCACCUACAUGGCUGCCACUGGCCUUGGAGAAAACCAGCCACAGACGGAGGAGGAGAAGGUGAAAAUGCUCCACCAGAACGUGGUGCUAAUGGCCCACUUUGCCUUCGAACUCAUCCGAACUCUCAACAGAAUCAACAGAGAGAUCUUCAACGACCUCAAAAUGAGGAUAGGGUUGAAUCACGGGCCAGUGGUGGCUGGUGUGAUUGGCUCUCAGAAGCCUCUCUAUGACAUCUGGGGAGACACUGUCAACGUGGCCAGCAGAAUGGACUCAACUGGACACCUCACCAAGAUCCAGGUUACCGAAGCAACGGCAAAUAUCCUCUCUAGUCACGGAUUUGUGUUGGAGAAAAGAGGCAGUGUUCCUGUCAAAGGCAAAGGUGAACUCACCACAUUCUUUGUUGUCAGUGAGCAACGAAAAUCUUGACCCUCUCCCGGCACACCGACCUCCAUGUUAUAAUAUACUGCUGGAAGACAUUUUAGUCACCGUAGAGAUCUAAUAAAAUGACGUCCGUUCCAUUUGUGUCUAUAUUAUUUUAGUAGUCAUUUCUCCGUGUCAUUAAAUAGCGAAAGCUCUAUAUAUCCAGACUGCAUUUUCAGUUUUAGCUCAUUGUCGAGUAUGUUGUGGAAUAUUGUUGAAGAUGUGGUC